GCAACGACCAUUAAACAAACUUACCAUAGGCCUUUACCUUCUAUAAACACUUUUAGUCUUUCAACGUGGAGAGGACAUGGCCACUAAUUGCACAUUAGACCGCUGAUGGUGUAGUCAUGAUCGAUGGUCAUGAUAUGAGAAAGCGGUUAGGGCAAACAGAUCAAAAAACGAGGUGCAGCGGUUUUGAUCUCGGCCUGUCGCUGUUAAAUCGUUACAAAAGAAAACAGCGAUUCAGCUAAUUGAAAACGGUGUAGGCUACUCAGCUGUAUUUUAACCGUGUGGAUGGUUUAAAAAUUAUAAUAUGGUGUCAUUGGCACAUUCAGCAGUAAUAUUAUGUUAUUAAUUUACAUCACUGUGUCACAAAGUAGCCUAGUUCGCUUACAUCUCUUUAGACACGUUUCAUUUUCACAACAAUGUGCUUUGCACUUCCUCUUCAUCUUCUCUCCGCCAACCGAUUCGUGUGCGUGCGUGUGUGUGGAUAUCUCUUUCAAUUCCUUUUUAUUUCAUUCUGUGAAUUCAUGCUGUGUGAUUUCAAGCGACCACCAAAUUCAUUUAGAAUUAGUUUGACCUUCAAUCGUUGACAUCAGCAUAUUUUCUUAGCCUUUAUUUCUGUUGGAGUCUUACUCAGAGAGUAAGAGAUGGGGACGGUUGUUGAUGACUUCAGACAACUGUUAAAAGACUGUGAGCUGUUUGUUUUUGACAUACUCCAGGAUGAGAAUCUCAGUGAUCCUGCUCGAGAGGCCAGGGAAAUUCUCCUACGAAAUUUUCAUGUCAUCCAAAAGAGACACCCGCAAGAAUUCCCCCACAGACCUGAAUCCAAUCUUGAGGACAGUUCAGAUGACAACCGCAGCUCCAGUUUGGGACGCUCUGCCCCCUCAGAUGAUAUGUCCGUGGCCUCUGACUACCAGGAGGAAGGUGCUUCUGAACUUUUUGAAGAGAUCCCUCUGGUGGCUGCACAGGACCUGAGUAACAUCCUAAAGCAAGGCUACGUGGAGAAGAAGAGACGUGAUCACAGUUUCUUCAGCAUGGAAUGGCAAAAGCGAUGGUGUGUGCUAAACAACACCAUAUUUUAUUACUUCGGGAGUGAGAAAGACAAGCAGCAGAAGGGCUCGUUUUAUAUUAAUGGCUACAGUGCAGAGCUGGUGCCCAGCUUACGCAAGGACUCCAAAAAGAAUUCGUGUUUCGAGUUGAGCGCUCCUGGAAGACGUUCUUACCAGUUCACUGCCAGCAGUCCCCGUGAGGCCAGGGAAUGGGUGGACCAGAUCAAUUUUGUUCUUAAGGAUCUGAGCUCUAACUUCAUCCCCUUUGAUGAUGAUGAGGAAGAGGAGGUGGAAGAAGAUGAAGAGACAUAUGAUGACAUUGAACGAGCUGCCACACCUCCACCACCACGUCCUGGGCCAGCUCCUGCACCGGUCACAACCCCGAAUCUGGGACAAACCCCCCAAAGCAGCCGUGAGGAAUGGAAGAGCCAAGCAGGAACUCAAGAAGAUGAAGAAGAGGACGAAGAGGACAUUUAUGAAGUGCUUCCAGAAGAUGAAGAGACUGACAAUGUGGAAGAGUGGACUGAAAAGUCUGGGACUUCAGAUUAUGCAAAUUAUUACCAAGGCUUGUGGGACUGUGAAGCUGAUGGACCCGAUGAGUUGGCCUUCCAGAGAGGAGAUCUCAUCUACAUCCUCAGCAAGGAAUAUAACAUCCAUGGAUGGUGGAUUGGAGAGCUGGAUGGUGCUAUUGGCAUAGUCCCCAAGGAGUUUUUACAUCCUGCUUAUAUUUUAUGAGGUUUGCUUUUCGUGAUCGGGAUCACAGAAUGUUCAGUGUUAUAACACUUCAACACCUGUCAUGGUUUGGAAACUGUCAAUGAUUAGAUUAGCAUGUAAAUUCAAUUAAAACUGCAUUUUAGUCUAUUACUAGAACCUAAUUCCUGAGAUCAAAUCAGGUUUUAUUUUUUUUUUUUUGUAUAUAAAAGCCUUUUAUAUAUAUAUAUUGCAUGAUUAGUGUACACUAAGAGGCUUGUCUAAAUCUGUCAUGGUUUUCCGAUUUGUUCAAACAUAAGCCACAUUUCUGCAAAUGAAAAAAAAAAUUGUAGAGCAAGAACUUCUUUUCAAACUUCUUUUUUUUUUAAAUGUACAAUUUAGGCCAUAACUACAAAAAAAAACAUUGUUAUAAGUUAUUAUUUAGUAAGUUGAAAGGUCUUCUUAACUGCACUUGAGAUUGUUUAGUUUAGUGUAUUUUACUUCAUGAAAAUAACCUGUCAUAUCACAGUUUAAGUCAAAUAAAAAGCCUUGCCACUUUG